CCUCACUUCUAGAUGCCGCGAAAAUGGUUAUGGCCUAGUGCUCUCUCAAAGGUCCAGUAAGUAUAAAACGUGGUCUUCGUUAAUUUGCGUUAUCUUAUUUGGAUCUGUAAUCUAUUUGAACGGAAAGAAGAAGCUGCCGAAAUCAUUAUGGAAGUAGCAACACAUUUUCGGCUAGAAGCCUUCUGACACAAACACCUGGAAUAUAUAUUAGGGAAAUCUAAUGGACUCAAUCAACAAAGGGUGGAUUCUAAUUCCACAGAACCUGGAAAAAACUCUUCUGAAAGGAAUUCUUUUUGCCAAGAGUCAGGAAUUUGAAAUAGAAGUAAAGUUGAGCACAGUAUCAGACAUCAAGGAUGCUAGCUUCAACUGUGACUGGGAGUUGAAAAACUUGUUGAAUGGAUUUGAAGAUUCACUUAAGCAGAGUUUGCACAAUUCCAAAGAUCUUGAUGAAUUCAUGCAUGAGGUCCACAGUUUAACAAGUAAGUUAGUCAAAAUCCGGGAUCGAAGGUCGCAGCGGCACUUCUCAACAUCAGAACCAGGUCAUUUUUCCACAGUCAUAAAGGAAAUUGAAGAGUUAGGUUGGGAAAAAUUAUUGCAUCUUGACGCCAGCUUCAGUUCAAUGACACUGAUAGCUAAAGACGUUGCUUCGAGAGAGCACCUUUUGAAUGUACAGUAUCACACCCAGGAUGGUGCAAGAACACUGCUUUGCCAAACUGACCUCCCAGCUCCUUUUCGUCCCAUCAUAAAAGCAAAGGAUGGCGGUAUCUGUUAUGUACACCAACAGUUCGUUCAGGAACUGGAGAAACACCAAGAUUUUUGGGACAUAAUUGGAGAAUUUGACGAGAAUUGCUGGGUGCUUGAGCCAGAGACCCAGUCGUGGUCGUGCUGUUUUCGCAGAGUCGCCCUUGGGAGCAAAGCUUCGUUACUGGUUACGAUUGCCCCUUCGCAGCCAAGAUCGUUGCCGGUGUGUCGGUUUUUAGGUCCAGAUCAAGUCGUUGGUCCUCUUCGUAGCAAAUGGAACCACGAUAUCGCUCUAUGGGAUGUUGAAAAAACAGUCCUUUGCAACAUCAAGGAUAUUCUAGAGAUAGAUUUACCAGCUCCACUGGAUAAAAAAACGGAGGAUUUCAGCAUGCACUGCAGUAUUUGCUACGCGUAUCGACUGAAUGACGAAGUACCAGAAGUGGCAUGCGAUGAUUCCCGCUGUGGACAGCUGUUCCAUUCCGCGUGUCUCAUCGAGUGGUUCCGUUCCUUGCCAAACUUUCGACAAAGUUUCAAUGUUAUGUUUGGUGAAUGCCCUUACUGUUCUACGCCAAUGACAGUAAAGAUGUCAAAGAAAUCGAAAUAAUUGAAGAGGCACCACGUAUUGGAUAACUGUUUUAGUUUAUAGAAAACCAUAUUUUCUACGCAAACAUCAGGUAUCUUUACGAAUUUCAAAACAGUUUGUUAGUAUUUUGAAUGGAAAAGAAAAGCAUUGCAUUUUUAAUUUAAAACCCAGAAAAAACAGAAAAUUUGUUUGGCCAAACUUUCUGAAUUUUUGCAGUUACGGACUCUUUCCAGUUGGGACAUGAAAAGAAAGCCCGAGUAAAUGCGCUCAGAAGUUUCAUGACGAAAUCUUUCCGCUCUUCAGGGAACCCAUGCUCAACAACAGAAAACUUAACUACUUCUAUCUGCCAAGAACGAAAAAAAGGGUGGAAGAAAUAAGUGAAGGGAGUUUUAGAAGCUCAAGAACUAAACCCUUUUCUUCCUGUGCGUGAGAUGUAUUUCCAAGAGACUUUACAGCAAAAAAUUCAGUUUUGCAAUACUCCAAAUGAUCAAUUCUUCAAGCCUCUAGGCUUAAAUUUCUUACCACAAGAAGGUCGGAUGAAAACAUCAUUUUUAUUCCUUUCUGCCAUCACCAUAACAGCUUUCCAGUUGCUGUUGCAUAUUUCUGACCAUCGACGGUUAAAGAGAAGUUAUUAUUGACAAAAAAAAUAUUACAAAUUUCAUCAAUUUUCCAAGCCUUACAAAGGUACCCGAUUUUUAAUGAAUAAUUUUUUCAUCCAAAACUUGCCUCAAACAAUUCUAAAAAAAGCAUGAAUACGUUUGAAUCAGCUCUCGACUCUAUAAACAGUUUUUCUGCUCUAAAAAUGCAGUGUUCUUGAUAAGGAUAUUCGUUAAAAAAGGCAACGAUAUAGCCUUACCAAAAUACGCGGUAUUUCACAAAAAAAAUAUUUUUAUCCAAAACUUUCCUCAAUACACUCUAAAUGAGGCAUAAAAACGUUUUAAUCUUAUCUUGACUCUAUCGAAGGAGUUUUUUUCUUUAAAAAUGCAGUGUUUUCGAUAAGGAUUUCAGUAAAAAGGCAAGGCCUUACAAAAAUACGCGAUUUUUAACAAAAAAUUUU